GCUUGAAGAUAACGCGUUGGAAUAUGUCGACCGCACUUCUGUUGUCGUCGCCGUCUCCGACAAGGCAAGCAGUUUACGAUCCGAGGACCUCCGUUCAACAGACCUUGACCUCUAUGUGCCACCGGAGCGCCGGCGUGUCUGCAGUUUAGACAUUGCAGAGUCGGAGGAGAUCGCUGAGUCCAGUUUCUCCUGCGCUUCUCCCGCUUCCGGACCCAUCUCCCUGUCACACUCCCUUCCGCGCUCCGACUUGGACGAGGAGGAGGAAGAAGAGGAGGCGCUUUUCGUCGGUCGCCGCCACCUCUCUGUCGGGUCGCAAGAACCGCCAGUGCAUGAGGCUUCGCUCUCAUCGGCGAAGCGGGAGCGUAUGCUGCUGCCA